CAACUGCAAUGGCGAGCCUAGCGCUAGCUCAUCCGAUCGAUAGAUAAAAACUUACAAAAACAGAACGAAAUGCAAACACUCUCGGUUCAGUGCACGAUAGAUUCCAUUUCUGCUGCAUUUCAACCACUCUGUUACGCUUUUGAUUAUUCAGUGUGCGAAGUAAACGGUGUCCCCUACGUUUCAGCAAUCGAUUCCAGGUUAAUAAUGAUCUAUAUUGAGAAUUAGUUGUUUUUGUUUCUUUUGAAGAUGAACAGCACCAUGGGAGACAGUGAAAAAAAUGACUCGGCGGACGAUUUUAGAUAUCUAGAUUCCGACAGUUUUUUCAUCGAAGCCCCUGAUGAAGAGAUCGGAGAUGCGGAAGAUCUUUUGUGCAAAUCUUUGGGCGUGGAUGACCGAGCUGAUGAUUCGUUGAAUGAAGCAAAAGGUGUGAAUGCAGUAAGGAAUGGAAUCUCUCGCUGCGUGCCACUUUUUUCAAGCGCAAGUUCGUUGGAGAAACUUCCGGAGGACAGUUUGCGUCAGAAGUGUUGCAUGGAGGUCGUUUUUGAAGAAAAGAAUGGCCAUCUAGUUCUAACUUGGUCAAACACCGAACCGACAUUCGAAGACCUGGGGAAAUUUGUGUACCUUCAAAAUCAAGCGAACCGAAGACGUAUCGAUAUUGACAAAGUGGGCAGCAAGCAGCUGAUCAGCUGGUGUUUUAAGGACAAGGACAUUCGUGUGCAUGUUCAUAUCUACUCGACAGCAGUUUCGUCUAAACAGCUGUGGGAGUUAGUUGAAAAGCAGUUGAUACGACACCAGGACUGUGAUAGAGCAGGAGCCCCUAACAAUCAAUCCUUAACAGCUCUGGCGAAUCAGCUGCGGGACAUAUAUGGUACGCACUUAACCGGACAUGCAAGUUCCUGGAAAAUCUGGGCCAACUACAUACAUUCUACUCCUGCACAUGAACGUGAACGUCGGAAGAAUGAAUUGCCCCCUCAAUCAAUCAUCAAGUUUUUCCGCUCUGUCCCCAUUUCGGAAGCGGUUCAACUCGAAAGCACUCGGAUUGGCCUGACGGUUGCCUCAACAAUCAAUCAAGGAUAUUCAUCGGACUUAGCGAUUCUGGAAGAUGAGGUGAACGAAAUGAUCGCCUUGGGAGAACGCAUUAAGCACAGGCUUGGAGCGAUUCGAGCCAGGUGUUUCAUAAACUCCGGCAUUGUCACCGCAUUGCAGGAUUCUGUGCGGCCAGCAGAGGACAACAUAAGUCGGUUUCUAGCAGAGAAUGUGACGGAUAUGAAUGAUGUAGAUCAUUUGUGA